GUUUUCUUGAAUAUUUAAAUAUGUUUGUUAUUUUUUUUUAUUCCAGUUACUAUUGCUGUACCAGGAAAAGAAGGAAAGGCAGCUAUCUACCUUGUGAUUUUCCAUCUGUCAUUCGUCUUGAUUAUGUGGGCCUAUUUGAAGACAAUUUUUACACCUCCCAUUUGCCCCUCCAAAGAGUUCUCUUUAUCUCAGGCUGAUGAAGAACAUUUUGAAAAGGAAGAAAGACCUGACAUUCAACAAGAGAUUUUGAGAAGAGCAGCAAAAGAUUUACCUGUCUAUACUAUGACAUCAACAAGAUUAAUCAGAUAUUGUAAAAAAUGUCAGUUGAUUAAACCUGAUCGAUGCCACCACUGCUCUGUAUGUAACAAAUGUGUUCUUAAGAUGGAUCAUCAUUGUCCUUGGGUGAAUAACUGUGUGGGAUUUUCUAACUACAAAUACUUCCUGCUGUUUUUAUUUUAUUCCCUUCUGUACUGUAUUCUGGUGACCACAACAGUUUUAGAAUAUUUUAUAAAAUUUUGGACGACCAACAAAAACAACCGUGCACAAUUCCAUGUCCUUUUUCUUUUUUUUGUGGCUGCUAUGUUCUUCAUUAGUGUCCUGUCACUUUUCUGCUACCACAUGUGGCUAGUUGGAAAAAAUAGAACAACAAUAGAGGCAUUCCGUUCACCUGUAUUUAUAAAUGGCCCUGACAAAAAUGGUUUCUCUCUUGGAUGGAGUAAAAAUUGGAGACAAGUUUUUGGAGAUGAAAAAAAAUAUUGGUUAUUUCCUGUCUUUACAAGUUUAGGUGAUGGUGUCAAUUUUCCAACUCGCCUCAUGAUGGAUACAGAACAGGUUACUGUCACAAACUACCAUGAACAACACUCCAGGAGUACUGGAUCAACUGAAAACUUUCCCGUUGCACCACUGAGUGAUUCAAAAAAUUUCUUGUUGGCCACAGAUUCAGAUAAAGAUGUCAGAUCAGGGAUAAAGAACCAUGUUACAGUUUCAAUAGACAGUUGAUGGUCUGUUAUCAUUUGAAUGAGAGUAAGGUUUAUUCAACAUAUUCUCCUUGAAUUCUUUUUUAUUUUAUUUGGAAGAACUGAUCAGUGGAAUGAAACAAAUCAAAUAUUACAUAAGAUGUAUGAAAAUGAAGUCUCUGUACAGAUAAGUUGAUGCUCAUAAACAUUACUGCUGAGCAGGAAAUAAGACAGAUGCCUUAAGAACCUUAAAUGUGUGUUUAUGCAACACUGGCUUAUCCUGUUCCAAAAGUGACUUGAUUUUUUUUUUAAUAAUUCCUAAAUGCAAUAGUAUGUUUUAUCACACCAGAUGCUUAGUG